AAAAAAGAGAGAAAAAGAAGACUCAAAACAUGGUGUCGGUAGUAGAGUGUUUUUCAGAGCAAAAAACGGAAAAAAAAAAAAAGAAAAAAGAAACCCAAUCAUAUAAGACCCGCCAUCGUGCCUUCCAUUUCUACUCUCGUCCUCUCAAAAGUGCAUUUUCCUUGGAAACCGAGAAGGAACAUUUUGAAGAUCUCUCUAUGUUCAGACUUUAAGUCUCUUCAUAGAGGCUCUUCAUUUUUGCUCUCUCAGCAGGAGCAGGUAAUUCUAUUUCUCCUUCCAUUGUUACAUGCACUGCUAGAUUUUGUGCUGUUCCCAUUGUUUGCUCAAAACCCACAUCGAAAUUCACCUAUAUCUUUGCUAACAAACACAUUUCUCGUUCUGGGUUUUCCCAGAUCUGACAAAAUUUGGAGUGAUGGGUAAUUUUGGGAUCUGGGUAUUAACAAUUUGCUUGAUAUUUCAAUCUGGGUUCGGGUUUUAUUUGCCUGGUAGCUACCCUCUGAAACAUGUGGUAGGGAAUUAUUUGUCUGUCAAAGUGAAUUCCUUGACUUCCAUUGAUACCGAAAUGCCCUUUAGCUAUUACAGUUUACCCUUUUGUAAGCCUGUAGAGGGUGUUAAGGAUAGUGCUGAGAAUCUUGGUGAGCUUCUCAUGGGAGAUCGGAUUGAGAACUCACCAUAUAGGUUUAAGAUGCACACUAAUGAAACUGAGAUCUUCUUGUGUCAAACCAAUAAGCUCUCGUCUGAUGAUUUUAAGUUGUUGACGAAGAGGAUUGAUGAGAUGUAUCAAGUUAACUUGAUUCUCGAUAAUCUGCCUGCUAUAAGGUAUACUAGGAAAGAGGGUUUUAUGUUGAGGUGGACCGGGUAUCCAAUUGGUGUUAAGAUUAAGGAUGUGUAUUAUGUGUUUAAUCAUUUGAAAUUUAAGGUACUUGUUCAUAAGUAUGAAGAAACAAAUGUAGCACGUGUUAUGGGGACUGGGGAUGCUGUUGAGGGUUUCCCUAGUGUCGGCAAUAAGGGAUCUGAUGUUCCUGGUUAUAUGGUUGUCGGGUUUGAGGUGAUUCCUUGCAGUGUCAUGCAUAAUGGUGACUUGGUUAAGAACUUGAAAAUGUAUGAAAAAUACCCAUCUCCGAUUAAAUGCGAACCGACUACUGUAUCAAUGCCCAUCAAGGAAGGUGAGCCAAUUGUCUUCACCUACGAGGUUACUUUCGAGGAGAGCGAUAUCAAGUGGCCAUCUCGUUGGGAUGCUUAUUUGAAGAUGGAGGGAGCUAAAGUCCAUUGGUUCUCUAUCUUGAAUUCUCUUAUGGUGAUCACUUUCCUCGCCGGUAUAGUCCUUGUGAUCUUCUUAAGGACUGUCAGGCGGGAUCUGACUCGGUAUGAGGAGCUCGAUAAGGAGGCGCAAGCAUUGGUGAACGAGGAGCUUUCUGGGUGGAAGCUAGUUGUUGGGGAUGUUUUCCGUGCCCCAUCCAAUCCUGCCCUUUUGUGUGUUAUGGUUGGGGAUGGAGUUCAAAUCCUUGGGAUGGCAAUUGUGACAAUAUUGUUUGCGGCUCUUGGAUUUAUGUCACCAGCAUCCCGUGGAACUCUCAUUACAGGUAUGCUAUUUUCCUACAUGAUUCUUGGUAUUGCAGCUGGCUACGUUGCAGUUCGUCUUUGGAGAACAAUUGGCUUCGGUGAUCACAAAGGAUGGGUUUCCGUUGCUUGGAAAGCUGCUUGUUUCUUCCCCGGUAUUGCCUUUUUCAUUCUAACCAUUUUGAAUUUCCUGUUGUGAAGUCACAGCACUGGAGCUAUUCCAUUUUCUCUCUUUGUUAUUCUACUUUUACUUUGGUUCUGUAUCUCGGUUCCACUCACCCUAGUUGGUGGAUACUUUGGGGCUAAGGCACCUCAUAUUGAAUACCCUGUUCGAACCAACCAAAUCCCUCGGGAAAUUCCAGCUCAAAAGUACCCAUCGUGGUUGUUAGUUCUUGGUGCUGGGACUCUACCAUUUGGUACCCUUUUCAUCGAGCUUUUCUUCAUCAUGUCUAGCAUUUGGAUGGGACGAGUUUACUACGUCUUUGGGUUUCUGUUCAUUGUUCUGGUCUUACUUGUUGUGGUUUGCGCUGAAGUAUCUUUGGUGUUAACUUACAUGCAUCUGUGUGUGGAGGACUGGAAAUGGUGGUGGAAAUCAUUCUUUGCAUCCGGUUCAGUUGCCAUCUACAUCUUCCUGUACUCCAUAAACUAUCUCAUAUUUGAUCUUAAGAGCUUGAGUGGACCUGUCUCAGCUACUUUGUACUUGGGGUAUUCUCUCUUCAUGGUUCUCACAAUCAUGUUCGCAACCGGCACAGUUGGAUUCCUUUCUUCUUUCUGGUUUGUGCAUUACUUAUUCUCUUCGGUAAAGCUGGAUUGAAGAUGGUUUCUCCAGGUAUGCACACAAAAAAUGGCACACUGAAGAGGUAAGUGGACAAUGAAGAGGAUCUUGAGAAAAGAAUUCAACCCUUAUAUUAGUCAGUCUUCUCUUUACAAGUACUUUGUUAUCUUGAGCUUUAGUUUAGUGGAUGUAAUAACAAUAAAUUUUCCCAAGUUUUGCUUUAUUCUUUUAUGAGAUUUGCAUUCUGAUCA